CACAGUUUUUUAACUACCCAGUUUCACUGUGGACCAUUCUACAUGACUGGACUUCCAGGGUCGAUAUGGCUGCUUCACAGAUAUACAUUUGGACAUUUACUAUUUUCCUUUUUCCAACUCUAACUUGGGGAUUGCUGUCUGACUUCAAAAUUUGUGGCGACUCUGAAUGUGAAAGCCUGCUGAGUCGGGUCAGGGCCACAAGAGAUCACAGAGGAAAGGAUUGUAGAUUUCUGAACUUCAAAAAAGGGGAUGUGAUAUUUGUUUACCACAAACUCUCUGGCAAAAGAGAUGAUUUAUGGGCAGGAAGUAUUGACAGACAAUUUGGUUAUUUCCCAAAAGACGUUGUGAAUGUUGAUGAAAUUUAUUCAAACACAGAGAAAGAAGUGGCCACACAGAAACAAGACUUCUUCUGCAUAGAUGAGUAUGGCUCAUUAAUUGAUAAUGACUCCAGUGAGUGGGACAAUGAAGAAAAUCUAGUUUCAGAAUUUCAGGAAAUCGCAGCCAAUGAUGCUCAGGAUUCUAAAACUUCCAAAGAUGCCUUUCUGUCCCAAAGUUUUGCACAGAGCAGUGAUGAAACAGGAAACAAAGAUGCCAUUCAGGUCGUAAUGGAAGACUUCUCUGAUGAUACCAAACCUGAACCUCGCGAACAAGAUGGGUCUCAGUGGAUUGGCUCUACAGUAACUGGAUGGUUUAGUUUAGGUGGUGAAAACCCAGAUGAUAAUCCCAAAGAAGACAACCCAGAACAAGAGUCUUUCAGGAGCAGGAAACUUGCUUUGGACAUUGACGCAAACCAAUUGAAGGAAGAGAAGAAAAAUGAUGAAAACUCUGGCUGGUUUGGAGAUGGACUGACUAGCGCCUUUGGUUUUGGUCAAAAAGCUCCAGAGGAGGAGAAGCCCAUUGAAAAGGAAGUGGAGGAGCAACCCCCACCCUCUAACUCCUGGCUGAAUAUUGGCAUUAGAGAUGUCUUACAUUUUGGUCAAUCUAAUCAGGAUAAGGUUGAAGAGAUAAUAGAAGCAGCAGGCAGAGAUGAAUCGACAGGCACAAUAGACCCACAGGACCUUGGCACAAGUCAGUCUCAUCAUGAUGCCACAGUGGAGCAAAUAAAAGAAACAGAGCACCAGAGAGAUGAUACCACUGGUAAGAAGGCAGAGAGAACAGAGACACACCCCUCAAAACCUGUUAAGGAUUAUAACCAAGAGGACCGUCAUAGUCAGGAAGAAGAUGGUGAGUUAAGAAAAGAGGAAGAUGCAGGGUGGUAUGGUAGCAUCUAUAACAAUAUUGUAGGCCUUUAUGGAGAACAGGGUUAUGUUGAGGAGGAGGAGGAGGAUAUACUUAUAGCUGAGGAUGAAGAGGAUAAAGAUAUCAGCCUUCAGUCAGAAACAGAGUCACAGUCUGUGUUCUCAUCCAUGUUUGACACUCUGGUAUCACCGUUUCAGGCCGAUACAACUAACAAUGAUAAAAAUGCCCAAAGUGAUGAGGUAACAGAUAUAAAACCGGCAGAAGCAGAUGGAGAUACAGAGACCUCCCUUACAUCUCAGACGGCUAUCCCAUAUGAUUCUACUGAGGCUUCUGUAGGUAGGAAGGAUGAUAAUGAUGGUAAUGACAGCAAUGAGGUUCCACAUCCCCCUCCAUUAGAUAUAGAUACGGUUCAGAGUGCCAAUAAAAUACUUGAAACUAGCAAGUAUAUGUCUUUGUCCCACGACCCUCAAUUACAAGACACAGACGGAAUAGUGAAUCUUGAAGUUGAUCCUGAAAAAGCUAUAGCUGAGAUGGAAGUUGUUGAUCAAGAGGAAUUUCCCUCCUCUGAUCAUUCCAAGAAGUGGCACGUUGAGACCGAUCCCAUAGAUAACACAGGGUUUAUAAACAUUAUCCUUGACCCAGUGUUAGACUCAACUAUACUAAAUGCUGACGCUACAAGUAACAAUCUUCUAUCUGAUAAAGGUAAUGAUGAUGGGGGACGUUAUAUUGUGGACAAAGCAUCUGAGAGAGAGGAAGCAGAGUCAACUAAUGAAGUUACUGAGACAGAGGGGAUAGAACAAAAGAAAAUAGUUGAAGUUGAGAGAGACCACGGGGAUGAAGCUACUUUCUCUACACAUGUCUUUGAAUAUACACAGAGCAAUUCCGGACCCAAUGCUAAAAUUGAAAUGUAUCCUGACAGCUCAGAUCUAGUUCCCCCUGAGACAGUAACAGGAAAUGAACAGAGACAGACAGAAAUCCUUGAGGAGGCAGACACAGAAAACAUGUUAGUGGAAGAUUUCAUUCAUGUCCACUGGGUGUCCCAUGAAUCUCAAAAAGACAGUGACGAGAAAAACGUCCUGAAUGAUAGAUCUGGGAUGACGGAUGACCAGACGACAGCAAAUGAGGACAGUAAUCUGCCGCUAAAUGACAGAAAUCAUACAGAUGACAGUAAUGAAAUGCUGGAGGCAUUCAAACAGCUACUUGGAAAUAGCAAGUAUAUGUCUUUGUCCCACAACCCUCAAUUACAGGACACAACCGGAAUAGUGAAUCUUGAAGAUGAUCGUGAAAAUUCUAUAGCUGAGAUCAAUGAAAAUGAUGAGCACGAUUCUGCAGGUAGAUUAGAGCUAGAUGAUGUCACUACUAAUGAACCUGUCAGUUCCCAAGGAGGUGUAGAGCCAAAGCAAUUAGUGUCGGACCCCAAACCAGACAAUGAAGAGGAUGUGAAAAUAUCAACUGUGCUCCCCGAAGCGCUUUUGCAUGAUAGUGAUGAGAAUGCCCUUAAUCACCAUCAAGAGAGUCCUGCUGCUGACCUUGCUGAAAAUAGCCUGGAUGAUGUUGAGACUGAUCAUUCAGUUGGUCAGGAUGCUUUAGAAGGAUCAGGGAUUCCAAAUCUCUCUGAUUCGAUUCCUAUUCAGACAAAAGCAGAAACACUGACAGAGGAGCUACCUAAUGUAUCAGAGGAUACAUCUGUAAUGCAUGAUGAGGUGGAGGACAUUGACAUUGACACUACAGGUAUUGAAGUGGUAUCCUCCAAUCAGAAAGGAGACGACAGUAUUCUAGUGCCUCAGAGCCCAGCAGAAGAGGACAAUGGGGACAGAGUAGGGAUGCUAUAUAGUCAGACAAGCAUGCCAGGUACAGAGGAUGCUUCAGUGCUGGAGGAGGUCACACAGACACCUGACCCCCAUCUGCAUGAUGCCCAGGACCCUCACAUAGCUGAACUUAUCCUGAACUUAUCUUUAGUUGAACCGGUCAGAGUUGAUCCAGUCAUUGAAAAUGUAUCAGGAGAGGAAAUACAUCAUUUGAUUACCUCAAGUGGGGAUGAGGAAAGUAAGGACAAGAAUGAGAAUACAUUAGAGGUGCCAGAUAAGAAUGUUCAUUUUGGAGACAUAGAUUCAGUUUUGCUGAAAGACUGGUUAUCUUCUAACUAUGAGGAAAGUAAUUCCAAUGUAAUGGAAGUUGUUGAUCAAGAGGAAUUUUCCUCCUCUGAUCAUUUCAAGGAGUGGCACGUUGAGGCCGAUCCUGUAGAUAACAUAGGGAUGAUAAACAUUACCCUUGACCCAGUGUUAGACUCAACUAUACGAAAUGCUGACACUACAAGUAACAAUCUUCUAUCUAAUAAAGGUAAUGAUGAUGGGGGACGUUAUAUUGUGGACAAAGCAUCUGAGAGAGAGGAAGCAGAUUCAACUAAAGAAGUUACUGAGACAGAGGGGAUAGAACCAGGGAAAAUAGUUGAAGUUGAGAGAGACCAUGGGGAUCAAGCAAUUCUCCCUACACAUGUCUUUGAAAAUACACAGAGCAGUUCCGAACCUGAUGCUAAAAUUGAAAUGUAUCCUGACAGCUCAGAGCUAGUUCCCCCUGAGACAGAAAUUGGAAAUGAACAACGACAGACAGAAAUCCUUGAGGAGGCAGACACAGAAAACAUGUCAGUAGAAGAUUUCAUUCAUGUCCACAGGGAGUCCCAUGAAUCUCAAAAAGACAGUGAUGAGAAAAACGUCCCGAAUGAUAGAUCUGGGAUGACGAGUGACCAGACGACAGCAAUUGAGGACAAUAAUCUGCCGCUAGAUGACAGGAAUCACAUCUCAUCAGUCAGUAGCCAGGAAGUACAUUCAAAAGGGACCAAAGGAUUGUAUAAUGAGAUCACUCUAGAAAACGAGAGAGCACAGGAAUUAGGCCUACAGGAUAGGGAAACCAAUGAUGGACGAAAUAGCUUUGAUCAGUCACAUGCAGUUAGUCAGCUUUCCCCCACUGAUGAAGCUUAUGAUGUCAUUACUCAAUCAGAGAGAACAAUAGACCAUGAUACAUUGUAUUCAGGUGAGAAUUUCCUCUCAGACAGUUGGUCUAAUUAUCAAGAAGCAACAGAUGUAAAGAGCACAAUUAGUGAUGAAGAUAGGCAGCAGGAUUUUGAAAACGUGGACGUUAUUGAGAAGGUUGAUUUUGAGAAAAUCAGUUAUAGGGAUAUUGAAUCUAUUCACAAUGGUGAAAGAGAGGGUGAGACUUCCACUUCUCACAGCGAACCCCCUGAAAAGCAAGACAUGCCAUCAGAUCAGAUAGUAGGCCUAGACCCCACUCAAGAAGAAUUUGUGAACAAAUCAACUUCUCACAGUGAACCCCUUGAAAAUCAAGACAUGCCAUCUGACCAGUAUUCAGUAGGGCCCCCCCAAGAGGAAAUUACAGACACAUCAGUCAACAAGGGUACUAGGAGUUUCUUUGAAAAUGCAAUGGACUUUUUGAUCCCAAGCACUGACUCCAAAGACUUAGAAGACCCAGAACCAAAGGGGCAAGAAGAGGAGGAACAAGAACCCCCACCUGAUCUUCCUUACCUGGACCUCCAUGAACCAGAACCACAGUCUCAGUCAACCACAGUAGAAGACUCGAUGAAAGCUACAGCAUUUUUGAAAGAAUACAAGAAUAUCCAAAAGCAAAUCAGCACAGAUGAAAUAACUACUUUGUUGGACAUGUUUGGGAAGCAUAAAUUCCUGUGGCUUGACUACAGCCUAGGAAGCUCAGAGACUUUUACUGAUGGCCAAGAUGGUGAUAAUGACCUAGCUAUUAUAUCAGACUUUGAAAUGCUCCUGCAGUAUCACAUUGAUGAGACAAAAACUCCAUCUGGUGGAGUACUGGAGGAUGAAGACCAAUCCAGAAAAUUUGUGUCAUUACGAAAACUAGAAAUACUCUUGUCAAACAUAAAAAACAGAUUCACCCAAGUGAAAGCACCUGUCAGUAUAAAAGACAAUCAAGCAGAAACAGACAAGACAAACUGCAUCAAUGACGAUUGUUUCACUCACAAUGAAAACGAAGACCUAACCAACCUGAAAGGAGUAUAUUUAUCUGGGGAGGGAGACAUCCAAACCCCAACACUAACAGACAAAUAUAAACCUGAGCCUGCAGUGAUGGAAUAUCUUUUUUCUUCUGCACGUCAAGUCACUGGUGAUGCUGUUGCUCAUAUGCUGACAGUUAAGGCUCUUCUAAAAUGGCUCACUGUACAGGUCCUGUCAUCCCUUCCUGAUGACAUAAAGCCAGGUCCUGACCUGUAUGGACUGCCAUGGGAAGCGGUCAUCGUCACUGCCUUACUAGGGUUGGGCACCCUCCUAUUGUUCAGCUGCAGGUUCUACCAAUGUAUAAAGAGCAGACUGUAUUCAAGCAAAGAGAGGCGGAUGGGCCUGAAGGUGGCUGAACUAUUAGAUGAAAAGUGCAAAGUCCUUGAGACUUUGAGUGAGGUUCAACGAAAUUAUGAAGAACUGGAAACUUCCCUGCGGAAUAGUGGUGUUUUGGCUCAUGUCGCAGAGAGAGAGAAUCUGGAGGUGAUGUCCCAGAGGCUGAAACAGUCAAAUACACAGCUUGGAAAUGAUAUAGAAAAGUUAAAGGAGGACCUGAAUAUCCAAAGAGCGAGGAGGUUGCAGCAGGAGGAGACAAUUGCAGAUAUGCAGGAAACCUUGAAAACCUUAGAAGAAGAAACCAGGGACCUCAAGUCCCAGACAGAACAGGCACAGACAACCCUGAAAAUAUUUGACAUGAACAGUGAAAGGAAUCAGAAUAAUCUGGAGGCAGCAAAAGAAGAGAAGGUGUUGCUCCAGGAGAAAAAUGGCCAGCUGGUCCAGGAGGCAGAGGGCUGGGGGGAGCGGAUGAGUGAGCUGGAGGAGGAGAUGCGGAUGUGUGAGAGCUCCUACACUGGAAUGCUGCAGGAUGCUACCAACAAAGAUGAGCGCAUCAAGUCCUUGACAGACUGCCUGUUGAAGAUGAAGGACUGGGACUCAGUGCUGGAGGACGGCGCCAACAGAGAGGAGAGGAGUGGGACACAAGGGACAGAGAAUGAAGGACAAGAUAACGAUCAACGACGAAGAAUACAGAAACUCAUUCAUGCAGCCAAGAUGAAUGCAGACUUGAAGUCGGUGGAUGAAGACAAGGACAGGGUGUUUGCUAAGCUAGCAGAUGAAGUCAAGGCCAAGGAGGACCUCCAAGAGGGGAUUAAGAAACUGGAGAAUGAGAAGGCCUCUCUGCAGACAGACAGUGAGAAGUACACGGGCCAGGUGCAGACACUCCAGCAGAAACUGCAGAUCAUGACAGAGAUGUACCAGGAGAAUGAGCUCAAACUACACAGGAUGUUGACUGUGGAGGAGAGGGCGCGUCUUCAGAAGGAUGAGAAGCUGACCAAGGCUGACAAGAGCAUCACCCUGGCCGUGGAGGAGCUCAACAGCUACAGGCAAAGGGCACAAGACCUGGAGGAUGAGCUGGAGAAGACUAACCAGGCCUACAAAACCCAGAUAACUUCUCAGGAAAAGAAGGCACACAAUAACUGGCUAGCAGCACGAGGUGCUGACCGCGACCUGGCUGAAGUUAAAAGAGAGAAUGCACACCUCAGGCAGAAAUUGACUGAUACUCAGUUCAAGCUGGAUGUUGUGGAGAAAGACCCCUAUACUCUGGACAACAUGGACAGACCUCUGUUCAGAGGUGAAAGGUCACCGUAUGGGCCCUCCCCCCUACAUCGCCCCGCCUCUGAGAACAGAGCCUUCCUGUCUCCGCCUACCCUGAUGGAUGGCCCACUCCGCCUCUCUCCAAACUUCCCCCCCAUGGGACCAGGAGGCAGAGUAUCCCGAGGCCUGUUAGAUCCCCCUGGUGGGGUGGACUCUGAUCGUAGUGGUGGUCCUCACUCUGACAGCGGCUCGAUAUCUCCCACCUGGGAGAGGGAUCGCAGGGGCCCACCUAUACACCCUCCAGGGUAUAUGUAUCUAGACACAGGCCUUCCCUACAGGAGACCUCUGCCCGGAGCCCUUCCUAUGGGCCCCCUUCCACCCAGGGGCCCCGGUCCUGCUGAGCCCCACAGCUUUGGCCACCAACCUGACUCGUCAUUUAUGGGAAACAGUAUGGGUCCUGGUGAAAAUGAAAGAGAUUCCCAUCUGUCAGCACCUGGAGAUCUGCGAGACAUGAGGAUGGGACCUCCUCUCUUAGUACCCCCUGGUAUGGGUCCCCUCCCACCCAUGGACCACAGGGACCCUUACUUUGCACGCAAAGGCCCUUACGGACCUCCAGACUUUUUCUCCCCACGAGGUCCAGCCCCCAUGGGCAUGCGAGGACCACCUCCCCCAGGAAUGUUCGGGCGAGUCCCCCCUCCACCACCGCAGCAUAUGGGGUACCCUCCCAUGAGACCCCACCCAGACAGUUUUCCCCCUGGACCCCCUCCAAGGCCCUCCCCACCUGGCAGUGAAGUGUCUUCUGACCAAUCUCCCUCUCCACAUGAUGUCAUCUGAGCCAUCUCUCUCUCUCUCUCUCUCUCUGUGCGGGAGAAACUCUCUUGGCCCGCUUCCUGUGUGAAACUUAAUUUCCUGUUGUUGUGAUAGUAGUGAGCGACUGAGCGUGUGUUCAGGGACUGUUUCCUGAAGUGUAACUUCAACAUUCAUGACUCUUUCUCCCUUUUCUAGAGGCUGGGAGUGGAAUUGUUUCCCCCACAGUCUGUUGCACACACAAACAUAGAUCACUGUGUCUUAGGACUUAAUGAUUGAACAAUACAGUACCACGAGGAGUACUGAGCGAUCAUUUAUGUAAGUUUUUUUUUUGUAGAUUCACAUAGCUGUAUGAGUCAUAAUACUCAUAAAACCUAGCAGUCAAACAGGGAAUUGUUUCCAGUUGUUUUUCCAACCAUUUCUCCCAUAGGGGAUUUUAGAAACACUUAAAAUGGAUGAAUUGAGGCAAAGGUAAGAUUCUCUAUUAAAGAUCUAAUUUUCACUAAAUGUAUACUGAACAAAAAUAUGAACACAACAUGCAAGAAUUUCACAUGACUGGGAAUAUUGAUAUGCAACUGUUGGACAUAGUUACCUUAAGAAAAGGGCUUCCCGAUCAUGUCAUGGUAUUUCUGUGCAUUCAAAUUGCAAUUGAUAAAAUGCUAUUUUGCUUAUGCUUGCCCAUACCAAAACAAAGUUCACAACAUAAAAAUCAGCAAACAUGACACCAUACACAUGGUCUGCGGAUGCCAAAUUCU